ACUACCACCUCAACCACCUCUCCAUUCUCCUCCAUCCUCAGCUUCCAUUGUCAACGACCACGUCGACUGCGCCUGUGCAGGCCGGCACCAUGAAUUUCUCGUCGUAUUUCUUCUCCUCCUCCUCGUCGUCGUCAUCCUCGGCGGACAAGAAGUCGUCGUCGUCGUCCAGCAAGCGCCGGCAGCAGCCGCAGGCGCCGCAGCCGGACGCCAACACGACGCGGUACCUGGGCGUGCGGCGGCGGCCGUGGGGCCGGUACGCGGCGGAGAUCCGCGACCCGGCCACCAAGGAGCGCCACUGGCUGGGCACCUUCGACACCGCCGAGGAGGCCGCCGUCGCCUACGACCGCGCCGCGCGCUCCCUCCGCGGCGCCCGCGCGCGCACCAACUUCGCCUUCCCGGACCUCCCGCCGGGCUCCUCCGUCACCCCCUACCUCUCCCCUGACCUCACCUCCGGCGACAACGCCGGCCAGCUCCUCCAGCCCUUCUACGCCGACCCCGCCGCCGCCUCCCUGCCGGCGGCGGCCCACGCCGCGAGCGGCGGCGGCGGCGGCGCGGGGUACGGCGCCGCCGGCGACUACGCCUCCUACGGCGGCGGCUACAGCGCCGAGGACAUGUCCGCGCUCAUGGACGACCUCGCCAUACCCGACGACCUCCCCGCCGACGACUACUACGGCGUCAACGCCGGCGGCGCCAUGGACCAGCUCUCCUCUGUCUACGGCGGCGUCGCCAGCAAUGCCAGCGCCGCCGCCGGCGGGUGGUGCGACUCGUCGGAGUUCAGCGCGUACGGCGGCGCGCCGUCGGCCGCCGCCGCAGCCGCCUCGCACGGGGUCUACUUCGAGGAGGGGUACGUGCACAGCCCGCUCUUCUCGCCGAUGCCGGCCGCCGACGACGCCUGCGCCGACGGCUUCCAGCUCGGCGGCUCCUCCUCGUCCUACUACUACUGACCGCCCGCGCCGCCGCCGCCGAUCGACCGCCUCUGCGCCCGCCCCGCCGGUGGACCGUGGCGUGGUGAGUUUGCUGGGGGGCGCGUAGCAGUUCGCAUUACCUGGUCGUCCUACGUGUCGUGAUGAUGAUAUAUUAUAAUAAUAAUAUUCCCUUCGCUGUGCUUGGUCGCUCCUUGGGCCUCGAUCUCCCAGUGCUGGGUCAUCGAUGGGCCUUUUCACAUUGGGCCGUCCAGUGUUUCUUCCCCUUCUUUUUCAUUUUGAUUUCUCUUUUUUUUUGGGGGGAGGGGGUGCUUGUUGUUGUAUUAGACUAUUAGUAGUGAUAUGUGUAAAGAUGAUGAUCGAUCAGUCGGCAUGCACUUGUGUG